CACGCCGAAUUAAAGUAAGCAAUUGCGUUCUUGGGACAUUUUCUGCAAGAAUUGUUUCCUCAUAUUUAUCGUGCUUAAGGCACCAUUGGGACAUUCCAUUACCGAUUUCGGUUGAAUUUAAAUUGCUUUAGAAAUGGUAAAGGAAAUUUACGACUUUGACCUAACUCUUAAAGGUCUUAUUGACCUUGUAGAGGUUAGUCUGAACACAGCUAUCAGUAAAAAUGAACAAAACUUUGAAUGGUUGGCAAGUUAUCCAGCUAAAGCGAAGCAGAAAUUAUGUGCUAAGGAGUUCAAAAUGCCGAAGACUCCUGCCAGGAAAAAGAAGAGACAGCAGAAGAAAAGAUUUCUCAAUGAGGAUGAUGAACAAUUAAAUGAUAACCAUUCUGGAAGUGAUGUACCCAUGAAAAAAGGAAAACUCUCACAUGAGGAUGAAGAAGUAAUUGACACUGUUGGUGGUCGACCAAAACGCCAAGCCUCAUGUGUUGCAAAAUCAAAAAUUCAGCAAUCGGUCAUGAUGGCUAACAAUCUGAGAAAUAAAAUGAGACGACCAACUAUUGAUCAAAAUGAAUCUACUAAUGUGUCUGUUCAUGAUUCUGACAGCAAAAGCCAAUAUCCUGACAUGGAGUGUGGAAGCCCAAUUGGCCAUAAGUCCAAAGCAAAGCAUGAAUCUAACCAAACAAUUACUCUGAAAUCAGAAAUAAUGUCUCCACCUCUACAGACAACCAACCCAACUUCAGAAUCAGAGGGUAAAAAUGUCCAAAAUGGAACGUUGAAAGUUAAUUUUGCACCCGAACCAGAAAUCAGUCAUCAAGAUUCCAAGAUUUGCGAAGCAAUAGAAAUUCCGGAAAAACAAACCGAACAGCAACCAGAAACUCACAGUCCUACUGAUUUGGCGCCUGUAGUGCCGGUCACGGCUGUUGUUCAAAAUGAACCACCGAAGAAAGUUCGACCUACACGCAAAGUUGCUAAAAAACUUGAUUUAAGCAGCGAUGAUGACAAGAUUAUCCUUCCACCUAAAAAAAAUGAAAAAGUAAUAGAAGAUAUACCGUCAACAGAAGAGACAAAGGAACAGCAACGCCCAGUAUCCAACCAAGAGGAUGUCCAACAAUCAGAAACCCUACCCAAGAAAAAGUUGCGUAAACCUCGGAAACCGGUCGAAGAAAGUUCUGUGGCUACUGCAGUGACAACCACGACGGUGGUAUGUAGCCCCCGCGUAACCCGCAACCAAAGGACUUCAGCCCGUCCUUCCAACACAGUCGUUGCUAAUUCUCCUCGUUUGGUGAAAACACCUUCAAAACUUCAAGAACACAUUCAAAGAAAUACCAAUAAUCAACUUAAUCCUACGAACUCUUCUCCGAUUAAAAGAAUUUUCACCCCGAAAGUUGUUUUUAGCCCCUUUAAAGCUUCGUCAGUCAAGACCAAAGUAGAGGCCUUUGAAGCGGCAUUGGGUACUAGUGGACCAGCAACCGGAGGUACCAGCAGCUCUGGUAUGACGGGCGUCCUUCCGGAAGCUCGUGUUCUUCUUAAGCGACUUACCAGACAGCAACUCAAAGAAGCUGCUAGCAACAUUGAGAAACCUCAACCGGAAUCGCAGAAACCUAAAGAGGCUAAUUCCAAGCGAUGCACUUUCGUUUUGGAUACUUCGGAUGAAAAAGAAAACAAAACAAAAAGACAAUCGGUCGCCCAGAUUUUGGCACGUAAAAGUUUGGACAAGGCUAAGCAUAUUGCUGUUGCAGCCGCUCGUAACAAGCUAAUGAAUAGCGUGGUGCAAAAUGAAACUACCGAGAGCCCAAAUGUCCAUGUAAAUAAAAACGCAGCAACAUUAAUGAGCAAGUUCCGUUUCGCUGGUGCUCCUGGAUCGUCGGGCUCAUCAAGUUCCUCACUGAAUCGUAAUGUGACCAUGACACAAGCGAAAAAUUUGACAAAUGUAGUGACAGGCGUAGGUACUUUUACGGGUACCAAGCCAGUAGGACCAAUGCCAACUAAAGCUACCGAAGAAGAUGAACUUAAGCGUAAAGAGUUAGAACUUAAACGGCUAAAGGAAAGGGAGGAGGAAGCUUCACGCAAGCGUGAGGAGCUGAUGAGAGCAAAGGCUGAAGAACAAAAAAGAAAACAAGAGGCUCGUGCGAAGCGUGCUAUGGAACAGCGUGCUCUCCGAGCCAAGCAACUAGAAGAAGAACAAAAACAAAAACUGGAAAACAAGGAAGAAAGGAGUGCUCAAUUAAAGCAAAAAUUACUCGUUGAGAAUCAAGAGAAAGCUGAACGUUUCCGACUAGCUCUUUUGCGGCAUCAAGAGGCUGAGCAGCGUCGCAAAGCUGAGGAACUGCAAAAACAACAGGAGGAAGCCCAGCUUCGUUUGCAAGCCGCAAAGAAAGAACAGGAGGAACUCGAAAGACAAGCUAAGCUGAAGACAGCUGAAGCUGAAAAGACAAAAGCCGUUGCUCCAGUUGCCGAACCCUCCACGUUAAACACCACCGUGACAUUGACUACGUCUAAUACCAAUAACUACCAGCUAACGCCUGUGCGUAUUACCAAAACUGGAAAGGUAUUCAAUCCUGACAACUACGAUAUUGCUGACAUGCGGUCAGAUGAUUCGACGGACGAUGAUAGCCGUCCAAAAAAAGUGAUUCCUGGCUGGGCUAGAAGUAUCAAUCUGAAAAUCGCGUUGGAGCAACAGGCAAAAUUCCUUAAAGGUGAAGAUAUUUUCCCUGCGAAACUCCUUAAAGAGCCUAAUCUGAACGCAAUGUUUAAGAUCAAGCGAGCCCGUUUUAACAAACGCACCUCUAGUGCUGUUUGGAAAACCCCCCCAGCUAAUUAUAUGUAAAUUUUUAUACUCUUUCGCACUUUCGUUUCCCUCGGCUUGUUUUUUUUUACAAUAACAUAAAUUUUAUGCACAUACCUUGCUUCCCUGUCAUCCAUUAAAUACAUGAAGGUA